AUGCACACAAAUAUCAAUGCACAAUUUAUUUUUUCUGCGCUUUAUACCAGUGAAAGCUGCUUUGAUCUAAUAGGCCGUCGAGUGGCUCGAUUCUCUGAUAUCGGAACUUCGGUUCACGCACAUCCUCUUGACACCGGCUGCCGUAUCAGCCCAUCCACUUGGUCAAACAGACACAUCAAAUUCCCUCAGCUUGAUAUGAUGGUCAUGCCAAAUGCCACAGGCCUGGUUGGUCCGUCCGGGUGUAUCUCCUCGUCAGGAACCUCAGGGACAGGGAGUUGUUUUGUACCAUGUGAUCUGCAGCCUUUCGGUGUGAUUUGCUUCAAACUCACCGCUUCGCCAGAGUCCAUGGAGAAGCCACUUUGUUCAGGAUUGCUUUGGAUUCGAGUAAGCUCAAAACCGACUUUAUGGCAAUUGAUACUUUUCAAAAGGAUAUCUAAAAUUUAUUUUGGAGACUUUCAUUUUUUAAAUAAAAGCUCGAUAAAAAUUUUAGACUAA